AUGAACUCGUGGGACGCGGGCCUGGUGGGGCUGCUGGUGGGCACUAUGGGCGUCUCGCUGCUGUCCAACGCGCUGGUGCUGCUCUGCCUCCUGCACAGCGCCGACAUCCGCCGCCAAGCGCCAGCGCUCUUCACUCUGAACCUCACGUGCGGCAACCUGCUGUGCACCGUGGUCAACAUGCCGCUCACGCUGGCCGGCGUCGUGGCGCAGCGGCAGCCAGCCGGCGACCGUCUCUGCCGCCUGGCUGCUUUCCUCGACACUUUUCUGGCCGCUAAUUCCAUGCUGAGCAUGGCCGCGCUCAGCAUUGACCGCUGGGUGGCUGUGGUCUUUCCGCUGAGCUACCGUGCCAAGAUGCGCCUCCGCGACGCCGCGCUCAUGGUGGCCUACACGUGGCUGCACGCGCUCACCUUCCCCGCCGCUGCACUGGCCUUGUCCUGGCUCGGCUUCCACCAGCUGUACGCCUCGUGCACGCUGUGCAGCCGGCGGCCUGAUGAGCGCCUGCGCUUCGCUGUCUUCACGGGCGCCUUCCACACACUCAGCUUCCUGCUCUCCUUCGUCGUGCUCUGUUGCACGUACCUCAAGGUGCUCAAGGUGGCCCGCUUCCACUGCAAGCGCAUCGACGUAAUCACCAUGCAGACACUGGUGCUGCUCGUGGACAUCCACCCCAGUGUGCGGGAACGCUGUCUGGAGGAACAGAAGCGGAGGCGGCAGCGUGCCACCAAGAAGAUCAGCACCUUCAUAGGGACCUUCCUCUUGUGCUUUGCUCCCUACGUGAUCACCAGGCUGGUGGAGCUGUUCUCCACAGUGCCCAUUGGCUCCCAUUGGGGAGUGCUGUCCAAGUGCUUGGCCUAUAGCAAGGCUGCCUCUGACCCUUUUGUGUACUCCUUACUGCGACACCAAUACCGCAAAAGCUGCAAAGAAAUUCUGAACAGGAUCUUCAACAGACGCUCCAUCCGCUCCUCGGGCCUCACAGGUGACUCUCACAGCCAGAACAUUUUGCCUGUCUCCGAGUUUUUUUUUGCUGGAGAAAAUAGAAUGAGACAACUGUUGAUUUGUGAAUGUGAAGAACAAUUAUCUCAACCUUCAAAUCUAAGUGAUUCCUCCAGGGUGCAGAAGUCCACUGUGAUUGAGUCAGAGAUCACCGUCAAGACCCAGGCCUCAGCCAUUGGACACCAUCACGAUGACAUGCGAUUGACUGAGUGGCCAUCUUGCUGGAGACCUCCCCAUGGAAACAGGAAGAAAGAACAGCAGAUGAGUAGAUGUUUGGCUAGUCCAUCCUAUGGACACACAGACUGGACCACAGACAUCACCAACAGCACUUUUACAGAUGGGAAAAAUAUGGCCCAGAGAAGAGAAGAGGCUCUUGCCAACAAUAUCAGCUGUUUCUCUGGAGUGAGGAUGGUGUUCAGAAUUUUUAGAAUUUCUAGCCCUCCCAGGGCAGCAUCUCUGGACGGGAAAGUGUGGCUCAGAGGAACGCUGUGGGUUUCAGUUUCAGCUGCUAACUCUGUGGCCUAG